AUGCAGAAGAAUCCUUCUUUAAGAGUAGCGAUCCCUCAGGCACAACAGUCGCUUAGGCGCUUAGGUUUUUGCUCUCAAAUAGCCACAGGAGGAUCUCAGCAGUCAUCUCCUGUAGUAUUCCCUGAAAAGCGAAGCAAGAAGGUGAAGGCUUCUUCGAGACGUCCUGAGAUUAGUAAUAAUGAUCCACAGGUGAAACCAAAACCUGAUGAGCAUCGGAUUGAUAUUGGUGGAGGGGAUGAGAAAUCAGAUUUGUUAGGUAGUCUUGUGUACUCCGGGAAGCUCUUGUUGGAUAAGAGGAAGUCUGUCAAUGGUAAAGAUGCAACAGAGGUACAGCAACCAUCUGCCACUGACAUCUUUAAUAAAAAAGCAGUUGAUGCAAAGCUUACAAGCAAGGCUUUGGUUUGGAGUUCUGACAUGCUACAGCUUGACGAUGUUGUCUCGUUGACGUACAAUGUCGGUCUCAGGCAUUUCACCGUGCAUGCUUAUCCAAUUGGAAAAGGUUCUUGUGGCCUUUCUUGCUUCACGAAACCAAAGAGAAGCCGCAAGGAUUUCCGUUUCAUCCCACCUACGGUAGAAGAAGCAGUUCAAUGGGUGGCCAGUUUUGCAGAUCAACAAUGUUUUAUCAACUGUUUGCCACAUCCUUUAGUCUCAAAGAAACAGGCUUCGUCUGAGUUAUUUUCGGUCCCCAUCGAUACUCCUCCUGAGUUGGUUUUCCGGUGUAAGAGUGCACCCAAAAUGCUAGUCAUAUUGAACCCUAGGUCAGGGCAUGGACGAUCUACCAAAGUUUUCCACGAAGUGGUGGAGCCAAUUUUCAAGCUGGCCGGGAUUAAGAUGGAGGUUGUCAAAACAAAUAAAGCGGGUCAUGCGAGAGAGUUGGCUUCCACUGUCGACAUUAGCUUAUGCUCAGACGGUAUAAUUUGUGUUGGAGGUGAUGGAAUCAUCAAUGAGGUUCUUAAUGGUCUACUUACUCGAAGCAAUCAGAAAGAAGGAGUUUCUAUCCCAAUUGGAAUAGUGCCUGCUGGCUCUGAUAACUCGUUAGUUUGGACUGUUCUUGGUGUAAGAGAUCCUAUAUCUGCAGCACUCUCUAUUGUGAAGGGUGGCUUAACAGCUACUGAUGUCUUUGCUGUUGAAUGGAUUCAUACGGGUGUUAUGCACUUUGGAAUGACUGUCUCCUACUAUGGUUUUGUUAGCGAUGUUUUGGAGCUCUCUGAGAAAUACCAAAAACGCUUUGGUCCUAUGCGUUACUUAGUUGCUGGAUUCCUCAAGUUCAUGUGUUUGCCAAAGUAUAGCUAUGAAGUGGAAUAUCUUCCGGCGCAAAAAGAGGACGCAGAAGGCGAAGCUAGACUUGAAAAGGAAGUUGUGGAUGUGCAAGAUCUUUACACGGAUGUAAUGAGGAGAUCAAGCAGAGAAGGAAUGCCUAGAGCCUCUAGUUUAUCGAGUAUCGACUCCAUAAUGACCCCAAGCGUAGGCGAAGUAGACACGGGUAGCAGCACACAUGCCAGCACCGAACCAUCUGAAUAUGUACGUGGAAUAGAUCCUAAAAUGAAACGCAUGUCCUCUGGCAGAAGAGAUGUUACAGCUGAGUCUGAGGUUCAUCCUCAAGGACAGUCAACAACCCCUAAUUGGCCAAGGACAAGGUCAAAGUCAAGAACAGAUAAAGGAUGGAUGGGAUUAACAUCCGUCCAGGAUCCUACAACUCGAUGUUCGUGGGGGAAUACCGGUGCUCAUGACAGAGAAGAUAUUUCAUCUACUGUAUCCGAUCCGGGUCCGAUCUGGGAUGCAGGACCGAAAUGGGACAGUGAACCGUCUGCUUGGGAUUUAGAAAACUCGAUCGAGCUGCCAGGUCCUCCUGAGGAUAUAGAGACAGGACUGAGGAGGCACACGAUCACACCAAUAUAUGAAGAUAAAUGGGUUGCUAGAAAGGGACACUUCCUUGGCAUCAUGGUCUGUAACCAUGCUUGUCGGACUGUGCAGAGUUCUCAAGUCGUGGCUCCCAAUUCAGAACAUGACGAUGGUACAAUGGACAUGCUAUUGGUUCAUGGGUGUGGAAGACUGAGGUUGAUGAGGUUUUUUGUGCUUCUGCAAACAGGUCGACAUCUUUCUCUUCCAUAUGUCGAAUGUGUAAAGGUGAGAUCGGUGAAGAUAAAGGCGGGGAAACAGACGCAUGACAGUUGUGGUAUAGACGGAGAGCUGUUUCCAUUGAACGGAGAAGUGAUAUCGACUAUGCUACCGGAACAAUGCAGACUGAUCGGUAAAGCUCCUGAACGACAUUUAUAG